AUGAAGCCUCAACUGCACCAUGACGCGGUCGGACUGACGUGGCAACUGCUGGCGCCUGGGGUGACACGAUCUCACUCAUGUAUAUGCAAGGUAAGGGCUCAUCUCUGUCGGCAAAAUUUCUUAACCGAGUCGAUGAAGCGUGAAACCAGGCCAAGGGAGGACCUGAUUCCUCGUCUUGAACCUUGCACGGGCGGCGCAAUCCCAACUGGUUUGCGACCCCGCCUCGUUUCCCGCGGGCCGCGAUGCUGCGGGGUUGAUAGCAUCAGUGUAUACGGGGCGGACUGA